AUGGCGGCGCCCAUGUUGCGGCGCAUUUCUCCGGGUCGGUGGUUUUGUACCCCGGGCCCGUUGGGAGUCCUGUCCCUGGGGCUGCGUGAGGCCCACUCGGGCGAUAAGGGGUUGCUGGCGGUGCAGAAGGCUCGGGGUUUGUUUAAGGAGUUCUUCCCCGAGAAGGGUACGAAGGUAGAGCUCCCAGAGCUCUUCGACCGCAGCGUCGCGGGCAACUUUCCCCAGACCAUCUACUGCGGUUUCGACCCCACGGCCGACUCGCUUCAUGUGGGGCACCUGCUGACGCUGCUGGGCCUCUUUCACUUCCAGCGAGCCGGCCACAACGUGAUCGCGCUCGUGGGAGGUGCCACGGCGCGCCUGGGAGACCCCAGCGGCCGCACCAAGGAGCGCGAGGCGCUGGACGCGGAGCGCGUGGGCAGCAACGCGCGCGCCCUCCGCCGGGGGCUCGAGACCCUGGCCGCUCAUCACCAGCGGCUCUUCCCUGACGGGCGGGCCUGGGGCAGCUUCACCGUGCUCGACAACUCGGCCUGGCACCAGCAGCAGCACCUGGUGGACUUCCUGGCGGCGGUGGGCGGCCACUUCCGCAUGGGCACGCUGCUGAGCCGCCUGAGCGUGCAGGCGCGGCUCCGGAGCGCCGAGGGCAUGAGCCUGUCCGAGUUCCUGUACCAGGUGCUCCAGGCCUACGAUUUCUACUACUUGUUUCAGCGUUACGGCUGCCGCGUCCAGCUGGGCGGGUCCGACCAGCUGGGCAAUAUCGUGUCGGGAUACGAGCUCAUCAACAAGUUGACUGGAGAAGACGUAUUUGGAAUCACUCUUCCUCUAAUUACAAGUACAACUGGAGCAAAACUGGGAAAGUCUGCUGGCAAUGCUGUUUGGCUAAACAGAGAUAGGACAUCUCCAUUUGAAUUGUAUCAAUUCUUUGUCAGGCAGCCAGAUGAUUUGGUAAAAAGGUACCUGAAGCUCUUCACUUUUCUGCCCCUUCCGGAGAUUGACCACAUUAUGCAGCUGCAUGUCAAAGAGCCAGAAAAGCGGGGUCCUCAGAAACGGCUUGCUGCAGAAGUCACAAAGCUUGUUCAUGGACAAGAAGGGCUGGAUUCCGCUAAAAGGUGUACACAAGCCCUUUAUCACAGUAGCAUAGAUGCACUGGAAGUCAUGUCUGAUCAAGAGUUGAAAGAGUUGUUUAAAGAAGCUGCAUUUUCUGAAUUAGUUCUUGACCCUGGAACAAGUGUCCUAGAUACAUGCCGCAAAGCAAAUGCCAUUCCAGAUGGUCCCCGGGGGUAUCGGAUGAUAACAGAAGGUGGAGUCAGUAUAAAUCACAGACAAGUAACGAAUCCUGAAAGUGUUUUGAUUGUUGGACAACAUAUUCUUAAGAACGGACUUUCACUACUUAAAAUAGGAAAAAGGAAUUACUACAUUAUAAAAUGGCUUCAGCUAUGAUGAAAAAUCCUUCUGGCGAUUCAAACUUCAUUCUCAAGACAUACGAAAGGUUGGAUACAGAACUUACACACCUCAUACAAAUCAGCAGAGAAUGGAGUAUACUCUAGACCUCACAGUGUGAGUAAUUUCAUUAUUUAUAUAGGUUGGUUAAUAAGUUGUUUGUGUAAUGAUGGGAUAUUUUUAUUUUCUGAUCCUUAAACAUUAAGGAUUACCAUAGAAAACCAUGAUUUCCAGGGUAAAUGUUUUAAAAAUUAUACUUUAUGAAAAAACUAAAUGCUAUCUUUCCAAUCCUAUCUUGCUCUCCUUUUUGGACAUGAGGAGGAACAAUGAAAAAGAGGCAGUGUAAGGAAUUUCGGACACUUACAUCAAGUAUCUAUCUCACUGACCUCGCCAGUGUCUAUAUUAUCCCAAAACCAGUAGUAGCGCUAGCAUCCAUGUUAGAAAUGCAAAGUCUAGUAUUGGAAACUGGGUUUUUGUCGUUAAGAAGCAAACAUAGUCAUUCUUAAAAAAGGGAAAAGUCAGAUACCUAUAACUGGCAUUAGAAACUACAAUGAAAAUAGUUGUGUGUGUUUUUUUAAUCCUCCCCCGAGGAUAUUUUUUCUGUUGCUUUUCAGAGAGUAAGGGGGGGAGAGGGAGGGAAACAGCAACAGGAGAGGCACAUCGAUUGGUUGCUUCCCGCACGUGCCCCGAUUGGGUCAGGGAACGAACUGGCAAUCCAGGUAUGUGCCCUGGACCAGAAUGGAACCCGUGAACCUUUGGUCCCCAGGUGGAUGCUCUAACCAAUGAGCCAUGCAGCCAGGGCAAAGUUGUUUCUUUUCAAAGAAAAGAUUAAAAAUCAGUACUUGACUUCUCAGAAGGUUUAUAAUUGUUUUCCACUCCCUGACCUGUGUUUCAGUGAAACUAAAUUUACUCACAGCUCUGUUUUGUUAGGUUACUAAGGUAGCAAUAUUUUAUAGUUUCACCUUCUGUCCCCAACCAGACUGCAACUUGAGAUGAACUGAAAACUUAAGUAACCAAAGAAGUAAGAGAGGCAGAUAUUGUUAUACCAACUAUCCAAUUACAUGAGAAUAUCAAAAGAUACUCGGAUAAGGGGAGUUUUCAGGUCAAAUUUAAAGGAUAUAUAUCAAGACUUAGUUAAGCUAUACAUGUAGGCAAGUUAAAUCUUCAGAAGUUUCCACAUAUAAUAAGGUAAUAGCACCCCAUUUCCCUAAGGAUCAAGUGAAAGGCACAAACAUACUGAAUGGUUCACCACCGAAUUUCUGGAAAACCUUACAGGCAGCAAAGCGUGGCUUUAUUCAAAUUCUAGCCAUUUGCUACCUGGAUGACUUGGAGCAAGUCACUGUCUUCAUAUGCAAAAAAAUGGACAUUAAUAAUAUUUCAGUGAAUUGUUAGAAUUUAAUAAGAAAGUCUUAAAUAAAACUUUCAUACAAUA